AGACAGUUAAGUGUUCAAUCUGAUAGUUUGGAUGAUUUGGUUAUUAUCCCCCCAACUCAGUUUUCUAAUGUUGUUACUGCUCAGAUUCAUAAUAUAGAAGAGCUGGAGUCAGUUAAUGAUCAGUUAGAUCAAGUAAAUCCCCCACAACAGCAAAUAAACUUGCCUUUUGACAAUAUUGCAGCUAGCCACAUGGCUUCAUUUAUCAGUGCUGUUCCUCCCUCAGCAGUGUCUGCAGUAUCAGGUUUAUUACAGAAUAUUAUUGCAGCAAUGGCUGCUUCUCAGCCCAUUCCACAAGAGCCGGUUACAACUAAUUUUAAUCCUACUACCAUACCGGUUUUGAAUAACCCUCAAGGAACACCUAGGUCCCAAUCUGCAAUAUUGCAGACACCACAGACACCACAUCUUACCACCACACCACCUGUUAUUUCAGGAGUCUUAACUCCUUGUAGGCCCACAGUUGCUAAAAAGCAAAACAAACCACAGCCUCAAUCCAUUAUUCAGACACCUGUGGCCUCUGGCGGUACUCACUAAUCCGCGGACACCUUCGGGGACCGCAGGGCCUCCGGUGACAUUACCGGAGCCUUGCGGCCUUGCUGAAGCCCGACCGCGUGGUGCGCGGCCUAUCCCCAGGGCAGACGACAUGUUAGUGAUGUCACCGGAAGUGCCCAUCGGCACUUCCGGUUUGGCGAAACCCCACGCGGUCGUAGGGACAUCGGCUCACGGUGCUACACAAGAUGCAGGUGAGCACCGAGAGUCGUCCUUGGCCGUGGAUGGGGUAUUAAUAGGAGGGCAAAGGGGCAAUAAGGGCGCUAGCGUGCAGCGCAAGCAGGCGGUAAAAAAGGCCCAAUAUUAUCAAUUGCCGCAAAGGGGCCGCUCACAGUUUAGAGGCAAUGCAAGGCAGACAGGCAUUAGAAGGGGAAGGGGUGCUCGCACUAUUAACCCUAUUAGGGCAAUGAGGCCUUUAGAAUUUGCUCGUGGGUUUCAUAUAAGGAAUGUAGUUGCAGCGCAAACACACGAUCAGCAGGAUUAUUCCAGUAACAUUAUAAGUGAUGCAGGUAGCGCAAUUUCAACAGCGCAGCAGCAAGAGGUGUUACUCAUUAACCCUCAAAGUGCUGAUUGUGGCGCAGCUCAGACAGCUGCGCAGCUAGCUGGUUUCAUUAACCCCCAAAGGUAUGAAUGUGGCUUGCGUGAUGGUGAUGUCUGUCAGACGGCUGCACAGCCAACAGAAUUAGUUAUUAACACUUUAAGGUCUGAAAGUGGUUUACAUGUGGCUGAAACUCAUAAAUCCUCCUCCAUGGUGGCGAAUGCAGGCUUGCAAGGGGUGAAUGUGCAGACAGUAGGUCAGAUACAGGCAGGAGGUCAUGGUCAUCUCACUGCUAUGACUGCUGCAGCAGGUAAUGCAUUAGUAUCAAAUUUAGGCCAGAAUGCUAAUGUUAGGGCACAAAACAAUGCUACUACUAUUGUAUCUAAUCCAGCACAGGAUGCUAUUUGUAUGGCCCAACUUCCUGCUAUUGAUAACCCACACACACAAGAACAAAGUGCUCGCGAAUUAUUGUCUCUCUUGCAGGGAGUUCUUCACUCAAAGGAGCCAACAAAGGUCCAGCAACCAACUGCUGCUGUAAUUAACCCAGUGGAUGCAGGAGCAGCUGCGACCACUUCAAAUGGACAGUAGGGCUCAGCCAACGCCAUCGCUAUUCCCAGUCAGCAGCCAGAACAAGUCACUAGCAACACCGGACAAGGACUGUCUGCUAAUUCAAACGGCACUGUCCCAGGAGUGAAGAGAAUUUGGAUUGUGGGACACUCCUUCGUUCACUGGGCCUCACUGGGCCUCCCUUCGCUGUGCAUCCCUCCCAAUUGGCCAAUCCCUAGGUUUUCCCUCCCACAAAGUAUCCAUUAGAUGGUUAGGGGACAGGGGAGGGAACAAUAUCAGAGGCCCUAGUACAUUGGGGUAAGCCUCAUAUCCUGAUCCUUCACCUGGGGGGUAAUGAUGUGGGGGCCAUGCCAGUUCUCCAGUUAAUAAAAGUUAUACAGGCAGACAUAAGUUGUUUGAGAGUGCGCAUUCCAGGAGUCAUGAUAGGAUGGUCCAAUAUAGUCCCCCGCCUCCACUGGAGGCAUAUGUCUGCCCAUACGGCGGCAUAUCGGAUUAGAAAAAGAUCAAUGCAUCAUUGGCAAAAACCGUCACAGGUUCAGGUGGCUUCGUGGUACGGCACGAAGCCAUUUCGGCUGAUAGAACUGAACUUUACAGAAGGGAUAAAGUUCAUCUCUCUGAUGUGGGUUUAGAUUUAUUCAUAGGAGAUAUCCAAAGAGCAAUUUCACCCCUCCUCUAAGUCGGGCUGUGGGUGGUGGCGGCAAGGGACCAUUAAAAUGCUUCCUUGUGGCGGGGAGAUCCCGGUCCUGUUGCGUAGGAGAAGGUCGCUAGGGGUGAGUGAUGACCACAUUUUGGGGAGGAGGGUAGGCCUCACGUGCACGUGACGGUAACCCUCCUUCCUCCCUCUUGAGGGAUGGUCACGUGAUCUCUGCAACCCCUCAGCGUCAUCUCCUUAGGGCAGAGACCCCUCUGCUGCUGUUCCCGUUGGGCCGGGAAUCUCCUUGCUGUACUGGGUUAGUUGGUCUCUAUGCCGCCAUAUUCAGUUCUAUUGGUUCUACUAGUUGAUUUAGGUUAAUAAAAUUUCUGACCUGUGACGGUCAAAAAUUUCUCCCAUACAAAGUUGUCUGUCGUUAUUCGCACUACAUGCACAUGUAAAUAGUUAUUUAAGUUAAGUUAUAGUUAAGAUUCUCCCUCCUCAGCUGGGAAGGAUCCGGUAAGCGUUUAAUCCCUUAAUGCAGUGUAGGGCUUAGCAUAAGCCUGGAGCAGUCUAAGGGUUAAGGCUGUAGGAGAGUGGGAUAGAAGAGAGAGGGCUGUGUCAGGGUGCAACAUUGUUGCUAUUCAGGGUAGGCCCCUCCUUACCUGUAGAAAAGCUGAAUCUUCCCUGGCAACUUCCUCUUCUUCUCUGGAUCCUGACUGAAGCAGUUUUGUCCCGCCCUCCCUCCCCUUUUGUUACUGGUUCUUUGCUAAAUUGACGGCAAUUCAAUGGCAGGGCUAUGGCUACUCACCCUAGGCCCCUAUGCCAUUGCUGUAGUUUAUAGAUCUCCCCUCUCUGUUAUGCGGUUCAUUUCGGCUUGGUAACAGAGAGAUCCUUAUAUCAGGUGGAAGAUCUUUGUGCACCCCGGCGGCGGGGAGAUCCCGGUCCUGUUGCGUAGGAGAAGGUCGCUAGGGGUGAGUGAUGACCACAUUUUGGGGAGGAGGGUAGGCCUCACGUGCACGUGACGGUAACCCUCCUUCCUCCCUCUUGAGGGAUGGUCACGUGAUCUCUGCAACCCCUCAGCGUCAUCUCCUUAGGGCAGAGACCCCUCUGCUGCUGUUCCCGUUGGGCCGGGAAUCUCCUUGCUGUACUGGGUUAGUUGGUCUCUAUGCCGCCAUAUUCAGUUCUAUUGGUUCUACUAGUUGAUUUAGGUUAAUAAAAUUUCUGACCUGUGACGGUCAAAAAUUUCUCCCAUACAAA